UGUACAGAGCAGGUCCUGUCCUGAACAAGUUCUCGAUCAGCAUCAGGAUAUUGAGCAAUGUCUCCUCACUUCUCUGCUGAACACCGAGCAUAGUAUCAUUUCUGUCAAGCGACGGGGCAGGGCAGACUCUCUGAUUCAAGGUGAAUGAGAGGAAAGACCAUCUGUUCUAACCUGGCAUUCUCUUACCGUGGAACUCGAUUCUCCUCUUAUCGCCUCACUCAGGCUCUGAUUGGUUUUGUGGAUUCGAUCAGUUCGGAAGACAGGGAGGCGUGAAACUGAAAGGAAGAACAUGUUGGUUCUUGGGGUAAUCACUGUCCUGGCUCUGAGUCAACAACGUGUUUGUGGUAAUGACUCAGAUACGCAGACUGUGUGCCUGGGGGACUCUGUGACCAUGACAUUCCCAAGCUGUGCCAAAGAAUCAACGAAACCACUAUUGAGAUUUGGUUUUCCCGGUGAGAUUCUCUGCAAUGCCAAAAACUGUAACAAAGAAUCAUACACCAGCAAAUAUAAUGACAGCGGUUGUUACACAAUUGUCAUCACAGAAGUUUCAGGCGAUCAUCAUGGAGAUUACUACUUAGAAUAUGGACAAUUUGCUCAAAUACCCAAGAAUCUACAUGUGAAAAAUUGCUCAAAAUCAUCUGCAAAAAGUCCACUAGGCGGUGCAGCAGAGAAUCAGACAACAUCCAACACCACUUCAGGUCCUGGACUCUCCACUGGAGCAAGAGUUGGAUUGGGAAUCGGGAUUGGUACUGUUUUUGUUGUUGGAAUUGUGGGUUACAUUGUCCUAAAGCGACAAAGAUGGAAUACAAACAGACGACCUGCACAAAUCCCUUUGAGAGAUGUGUCUCAUCCGAGUGAAGGGGAAGCACUUUGUCCAACAUCAGCCGAUCAUCAGGAUGGAGCGGCUGGAGAACGAGCCCCUCUGGGGGCUGGAGCUGUCGAUGAAACCCCCAUGAGUUACUCUAACCCUGUGACCGAGUCACUGAGGGAACAAUCAGCUCUUUCCAUGAGCUGCUCAGUGAAUAUCCACGGAGAGGCUGGGAUCAGCGAUGACAACCCAAGGCCCAAGUCCUGGCCACCAACACAAUCCCGUAAAGUUCGGCGUCGGUUUUCAGAAACUCAGAUCCACUCUGGGGGCCAUUAAAAAUGGCUGGUGAGAUCCGAUUCCUUGAUUCCGAUGAUUCCAGCAAUGUUUAAUCCUGCUCCCUGCACUCACCACUUGGCCAUCUUCACAGGAGGGGGUCAUUAUCUCCAACCCCAUGGAUUGUUUGUCAAGUUGGGCCAACCCUUCGAUGAUUGAUAGUUGAUGGGAGUUGUGAACUCUAGCCUGCAUUCAGAAACCUGAAGUUUGAAAGCUAUUCCCCAUGCCUGCUCUGUCCUGCUCAGCCCAGUCCACACUCUGUACUGAAUCAAUUCGCCAGCUCUAGUGAUGUCAAGUUUCAAUGCAGAUUGAAAAGAAUUAGACAUCAGUUUUGAAAAAAGUUCUACCUGUCUAAUGUCAGCAGCUUUCCAUCAUUUCACACCCUCGCAUAUAGACAGGAUAGAUCGAGUGAAUCCUUAGAAGACUAUAAAGGAAGUAGGAGUUUACUUAAGAGGGAAAUCAGGAGGGCAAAAAGGGGACAUGAGAUAGUUUUGGCAAAUAGAAUUAAGGAGAAUCCAAAGGGUUUUUACAAAUAUAUUAAGGACAAAAGGGUAACUAGGGAGAGAAUAGGGCCCCUCAAAGAUCAGCAAGGCGGCCUUUGUGUGGAGCCACAGAAAAAGGGGGAGAUACUAAAUGAAUAUUUUGCAACAGUAUUUACUGUGGAAAAGGAUAUGGAAGAUAUAGACUGUAGGAAAAUAAUUGGUGACACCUUGCAAAAUGUCCAGAUUACGGAGGAGGGAGUGCUGGAUAUCUUGAAAAGUGGAUAAAUCUCCAGGACCCGAUCAGGUGUACCCGAGAACUCUGUGGGAAGCUAGAGAAGUGAUUGCUGGGCCUCUUGCUGAGAUAUUUGUAUCAUUCAUAGUCACAGGUCAGAUGCCGGAAGACUGGAGGUUAGCAAACAUGGUGCCACUGUUUAAGAAGGACGGUAAAGACAAGCCGACGGUAAAAACAAGGGAAUUAUAGACCGGUGAGCCUGACCUCAGUGGUGGGCAAGUUGUUGCAGGGAAUCCUGAGGGACAGGAUGUACAUGUAUUUGGAAAGGCAAAGACUGAUUAGGGAUGGUCAACAUGGUUUUGUGCAUGGGGAAUCAUGUCGCACAAACUUGAUUGAGCUUUUUGAAGAAGUAACAAAAAAGAUUGAUGAGGGCAGAGCAGUAGAUGUGAUCUAUAUGGAAUUCAGUAAGGCGUUCGACAAGGUUCCCCAUGGGAGACUGAUUAGCAAGGUUAGAUCUCAUGGAAUAACAGGAAAACUAGCCAUUUGGAUACAGAACUGGCUCAAAGGUAGAAGACAGAGAGUGGUGGUGGAGGGUUGUUUUUCAGACUGGAGGCCUGUGAAUUGCACACAAGGAUCAGUGCUGGGCCCUCUACGUUUUCUUAUUUACAUAAAUGAUUUGGAUGUGAACAUAGCAGGUAUAGUUAGUAAGUUUGCAGAUGACACUAAAGUUGGAGGUGCAGUGGACAGUGAAGAGGGUUACCUCAGAUUACAACAGGAUCUGGACCAGAUGGGCCAAUGGGCUGAGAAGUGGCAGAUGGAGUUUAAUUCAGAUAAAUGUGAAGUGCUGUAUUUUGGGAAAACAAAUCUUAGCAGGACUUAUACACUUAAUGGUAAAGUCCUAGGGAGUGUUGCUGAACAAAGAGACCUUGGAGUGCAGGUUCAUAGCUCCUUAAAAGUGGAGUCGCAGGUAGAUAGGAUAGUGAAGAAGGCGUUUGGUAUGCUUUCCUUUAUUGGUCAGAGUAUUGAGUACAGGAGUUGGGAGGUCAUGUUGCGGCUGUACAGGACAUUGGUUAGGCCACUGUUGGAAUAUUGCGUGCAAUUCUGGUCUUCCUAUCGGAAAGAUGUUGUGAAACUUGAAAGGGUUCAGAAAAGAUUUACAAGGAUGUUGCCAGCGUUGGAGGAUUUGAGUUAGAGGGAGAGGCUGAACAGGCUGGGGCUGUUUUCCCUGGGAUCGGGGAGUCCAGAACUAGAGGGCAUAAGUUUAGGGUGAGAGGGGAAAGAUUUAAAAAAGACCUAAGGGGCAACUUUUUCACGCAAAGGGUGGUACGUGUAUGGAAUGAGCUGCCAGAGGAUGUGGUGGAGGCUGGUACAAUUGGAACAUUUAAGAGGCAUUUGGAUGGGUAUAUGAAUAUGUAGGGUUUGGAGGGAUAUGGGUUGGAUGCUGGCAGCUGGGAAUAGAUUGGGUUGGGAUAUCUGGUCGGCAUGGACAGGUUGGACCGAGGGAUCUGUUUCCAUGCUGUACAUCUCUAUGACUCUUAAACCUGUCCAAAUGCACCUACAGAUGCUGAAACAGCAUAUCAAAGAUCAAUGAAAAACAUACACUUCACUUCAACCUGUCAAAACAAACCCUGGCCUGAGCUCCAUCAAUUGGUGGCUCUUGGAGCUCAGCCGAGCAUUCCCAAUGAAACCCCCUGGAGAAACUGAGAUGUCUGACAAUCAGUUUCAUUUCUCCGCCUUACUUCUGCAGACUGUUUCCAAACACAGUCUCAGGAACAAAGAGGACCACCUUUCACCAUGUAGAUCAUUGAUCACACUUUGUGCUGGUGUGUGAGAUAGUAACUUCCAGAAUGUUCCAUGGAUAUGAACUUCACAAACAGGAGCAGGAAUACAUCAUUCCGCUCCUCCAACCUUCCCCAUCGGUGAUGUUCGACCCCGUCUCCAGUUUCGUGCCCUCCCAGUGUCCAAGAAUUGAUGGAUCUCCGUCGUUAAUCACCUCAGUAACUGAGCAUUCACAGCUCUAUGGGGGUGAGAACUCCAAAGGUCCACAGGCCUCUGGGUGAGGAAUUCUUUCCCUCAUCUCAUUCUGCAAUUGGCCAGUCCCUUAUCCUGAGGCUGGGACCUUGGGUUGUAGACUCUCCUGCCAGGGGCACCAGCUUAUCAGCAUUGACCCUGUCAAACCUCCUGGGACAAGGCUGUCCCUUCCAAAUCCUAUGCCCCUCCCUGUGGGAUCACAAACUGAGAGUUGAGGGCGGUGAGCUGUGAGGCAGGAAUGGCUGCCAUGAGGAUGGACUGAGUGCUAAUCGCACAAAGUCCCUUCCAAUCCUCACAGCUUUUCUCUGGGUAGGUGGGGGAGAUGAAGGGAGAGGGGAUCCUAAUGAGUUGAUCUCUCAGGCCCAAUCCCUGCUGCAAAAACAAAGCCGGUGAAGAGGUCAGGGUUUGUGUUUUGGUCUAAACCUUGACUUUUCGUCAGUUCUCACCUCACUCAACCUUUGUUCCCUCCCACCCCCAUCCCAAUCAAGGUGUGGUGAGCAGGAAUCGAUGCUUCCUUUCCAAUUCCAUUCCCAAUCAUCCCAGCGUGAUGUCAGUUGUCCAAAGUCAAAAUGGGAUCGUGGUGGGAAAAAGCUUGGGAAGUUAAACAUAUGAGUUUCAAUGGGAUUCUCUCUCAUUCUUAUAAAAUCUCGAGAAUAUAGACCCAUUCCAUUCAAUCUGUCUUCACAGAACAGCCCUUUCAUCCCAGGAAACACUGUCCUUGUACAACCCUGUCUCAGGAUCCUUCUUUGAGUAGGGAGACCUGAAGUGUAACACAGUACUCAAGAUGUGGUUUCACCAGAGCCUUACAUCACUGCAGCAAGAUGUCCUCACUCUCCAACUCCCUUGUAACGAAUCAUUUGCUUUCCUAGUUGUUUCCUAGUUAUUGAGCUAAAGCCCACCUUGGAGCAUCUGCAGUCCCAUGGCUUAGGGAAGGAUUGUAAUGCUUGACUUCUUAAAUUUAUUUCUUUGUUUUUAUGUCCUAGUGUGGAACUUUUUAAAACUUAUUUUUUCAUUUUUCUGCUUUUAUGCAGUUGUAUGGAAUUAUUUUAAAACCUAUUUCUUUGUUUUUCUAUUU